AUGGCUUCAUGUCGAAGCAACAUAUUUUGGAGGGCAACUCAAUUCUUUGCAGAACGGCUCGGAAGUCGUCGAGGAAGAUUGAAUUAUUUGGUUCGAGCAGUCCAAGCGCUAGUGGAAGCACCGGAGCUAGCGCCAGAUUUUGCGCAGAACAUGUGGGAAUCGAGAUCCGCAAUUUUUAAAAAACCAAGCAUAUCCAAUACCAAAGCUCGACUUCGAAGUUUAUAUGACGGCCAUCGGAAGAUUAAGAGAGCAAGGGAGCAAUAUUCCUAUGCAGCUCGCUUUUGCUAUAUCUACUUGGAACACGAUUUAGACCAGCUUUCCAAAUCUCAGGAUCUUGUCCUUUCUCAAGGACGUGGCAAGAUCACCGCAGCCUUUGAAUUACAAGCAGAAAUACUUUCCACGAGUGUUGAGGUAGUAAAGUCAGAGAGGAAAGCAGGCCGCGGCUAUCUACAGCUUCUGAUCGAGGGCGGACCCGGAUUUAUACUUCGCCUUGGUUGUAACGUGUCCACUAUCUGGGAACGAAAGUUGAGCAAUACAGACAUUCGCCUCAUCAUCGAUUUCCUGAAGGCAAAAGCUCCCGCUCUGCACAAAGACAUCAUAUCGUACAAUGAAGCAGCCACUAGAGCACUCCUCGAUGGCUUCAUCGCGUACGGUUGGUCACGAGGAGAGAUCUUGAAGUCACAUUCUGCCUUAUUCAGCAGAUUGAGAGAAUUCGUUGAUCUCGAGGACAUGCUACAAUCUGCGCCAAGAUACGGACCGCCUCAAAGCCCAGGAGGCACUCUGUCGGGAAUGAGGACGCCAGAGACCUUGGACGACCGAGAUUUUUGCAGCUUGACAGAAGGUAUAUAUGGUACCCCACAUUCCGAUCCAUCUUUUUCAACUCUCGAUCGUACUCUGAGGUCAUCAAGUUGUACUUCUGGACUUGAGGCCAUAAAUACCCUAAGCCAGAUAACAGAUGAGGAGUUAGAAUCACUUUUGUGUACGGAAUUGGAGUAUUCCGCUGAAACAUAUUGCACAACUGGGAGUGCAAACUCAAGCAAUCUGUCUAUGUGGCACGACAUGUCACCAAACGUCUUGUAA